AAGGAUAGACAGAGGAUACUGCAGGAAGAUCCUAAGGUAAUUAACGCGUGGUUUAUGCUAGUAGAGGGUACUAAGGCUAAGUAUAGCAUCUACAACAAUAACGUGCACAACUUUAAUAAGACUAGUUUUUCCAUAGGUGUUGCUUUGUCUUUAAAGGUUGUAACAGGCUUAGAGAGACGUGCUUGGCCAGAGCUUGUUCAGCCAGGUGAUCGCGAGUGGGUUACCGUUAUUCAGAGCAUCUGCGCUGCUGGGUAUGCAACCCUGCCUUUCAUUAUCUACAAAGGACGCGUCCACAUCUCUGCCUAGUAUAAGGAGACAGAUAUACCCUAUAAUUAGAAGCUCUUAGUCUCUAAGAAUAGUUAGAUAAAUAACA